CCUUACGCUUCAAGGGCGGAGUCCCUGGCAGGCGCGGUGCGUAGUUCCGGCUGCCGGUUGACAUGAAGAAGCAGCGGCGGCUAGGGCGGCGGUAGCGGCAGGAGUUGGGGCUUGCAGCGGGCCUCUGGGCUAAGAGCGGGACGCGGCCUAGAGAGGCAGACAGCGCAGUGGGCUGAGAAGGAGGCACAGCAGCCGCCCUGGCCCGUCAUGGAGAUGGAAAAGGAGUUCGAGCAGAUCGACAAGUCCGGGAGCUGGGCGGCCAUUUACCAGGAUAUCCGACACGAAGCCAGUGACUUCCCAUGUAGAGUGGCCAAGCUUCCUAAGAACAAAAACCGAAAUAGGUACAGAGAUGUCAGUCCCUUUGACCAUAGUCGGAUUAAACUACAUCAAGAAGAUAACGACUAUAUCAAUGCUAGUUUGAUAAAAAUGGAAGAAGCCCAAAGGAGCUACAUUCUUACCCAGGGUCCUUUGCCUAACACUUGUGGGCACUUUUGGGAGAUGGUAUGGGAGCAGAAGAGCAGGGGUGUCGUCAUGCUCAACAGAGUGAUGGAGAAAGGCUCGUUAAAAUGCGCACAGUACUGGCCACAAAAAGAAGAAAAAGAAAUGAUCUUUGAAGACACAAAUUUGAAAUUAACAUUGAUCUCUGAAGAUAUCAAGUCAUAUUAUACAGUUCGACAGCUAGAAUUGGAAAACCUUACAGUAAGUGUGGCAUGCCCUUCAGCACUGCAGCUUCCUUUUCCCCCUUGGGUGAUAUUACCUAAUGCCAGUGUUCCUGGCUCUUGUAUACCCCAGCAAGAUGUGGUUUUGGCACUGCGGUGAGCGGGACUUACUUGUGUACCUACCGAGUGCCCCGGAGUGUCCGGGAGAGUGGAGGCCAUAGUGCUCUUUCUGACCUUUAACAGCAGUUCUUAGGGAAAGAGUUUCUUACCCAGAAGACUGGUUCCUGCUUGUGCAGCUGCAGAGGGACUGAAGCAGCAGCUUGCAAGUCCCAGCAAAACGUGCUGCCUUCUUGGUGGUCCUCAGUCUUUUGAGUCUGAAGGGAGAGAAGAAGGGGUCCCGGGCUCACUCUGGUUUCUUAGCUAGUGGAAGUUUUCUGGGCCAGGUCUUGGGUUUAUUGUUGUAGGAAGAGUUUAUAACACCAGCUACUUGCUUGGUAAAAGUUGGUAUCAGAACAUGGCAAGUCAUUGUGGUAAGCAGCACUGCCACUGAAGGCUCUGCUCCUGGAGCUUCAGAAUCAUUCCCCUGGAGCCGGAACUUGGAGGAGUUCAUGCCAUUGCGGGGAACAGUGGAGGGAGCGUGAGGCAGCCCCUGGGGCACCAGUGAAAGCUGACCAGCCACCAGCAGCCUCUGGAACCUAGCUGGGUCGAAUCCUUGGCCCCACUUUAUCAGCCCAUCAGCUUGGAGCAAGGGACAUCACUUCUCAUCAUGUCUUGGUCUCUUCUGUCGAACUCAGGUUUUGCGAGGGCCCUGGGAGGUCCUGCAUGGGAAGGGUUAGCAGUUACCAUGGGUGUGUAGCAUGGGCUUUGUCUGACGGGAAGGUGGAGCCACGGGGAGACUGUGUGGAGUGGGGCUCCACCCUGUGUCGCAGGGGAGGGAUCUGCUUCUGGGUGACCCCAUGUCUCCCCUUCUUAAGCACUGCUUUUUAGUCAUUGUGGCUCCUGUCGUUCCGAGUUGUAGGCCGAGUGCGGUGGCUCACAUCUUUAAUCCCAGCAC